AUGGGUAAAGAUAGCAUCCUACGUUUCAGAGAGAGUGUGUGUGUAACCAGAAGUCAGGUAUUGAGGAAGAUGCUCUUGGAGGAAGGGCAUAAGAGUCGUCUUAGCAUACAUCCAGGUAUGACAAAGAUGUAUGAAGACUUGAAAGCUACCUUCUGGUGGACGAGCAUGAAGACAGAUGUGGCCGAUUAUGUUGCUUCUUGUUUGGUAUGCCAAAAGGCGAAGAUUGAACAUCAGAGACAGAGAUCCGAGAUUCACAUCGAGGUUCUAGCACUCGUUGCAGAAGGCACUAGGCACUUAGUUAAGGAUGAACUCAGUGUAUCACCCUCAGACAGACGUUAUCACUCCAACAUUGGGAUGACACCAUACGAGACAUUGUAUGGUCGGAGAUGUAGGACUCCUUUAUGUUGGCAGCAAGAUGGGGAGUCAGUUGUACUUGGGCCAGAAUUUUUACAACAGACUACUGAGAAGGUGAAGAUGAUACAAGAUAGGAUGCGUGUAACUCAGAGUCGGCAGAAAUCCUACACAGAUAAGAGAAGGAGGCCGCUUGAAUUUGAGGCAGGUGACCAUGUGUUUCUCAGACUGAGAAAGUACGUUGUGGAUCCUACACAUGUACUUGAGGAGGAUGAUGUCCAGGUGCGCGAGGACCUGACGAUUGGAGUUGAACCAGUGAGAAUCCUGGAUUCUCAAGUCAAGCAACUCAGAGGGAAGAAGAUCCGAACGGUGAAGGUAAUGGUUAAUGGGCUUCUCUUCCAAUUAUCACUUCCACUUAAUUUCCUUGGUUGUAUUUUUCGUGAGACUGUACAGAGUUUAGUUGACAUGAAAUCCAAGUUUCAGUUACUUGAGGUAUCUUCCAUGUCGAAUUUUAGUAAAUUAUCUUGA